GCCGCUGGUGUGGACAUGUCCGCCAUGUUUUCCGCGGCGCAGGGAGCGGACCAGCCAGGAAAAACGGCCCCUACAUCCCGUUAAACCCGCACACUGAUGAGUCCUCCCGCCGGUUACUGGAGCAGGGGACACCGAUGAGCUCUACUGCGGCCGACACAGUCGCGUCCGGAGCGGAUUCACGUCGGUAGUGGUGCGGGUUUGUGGCGGGAUUCACGGCUCCUUUGGAUUGUCGCUGAUUUGGCGCAAACAAUGAGUAAACUCUCGUUCCGGGCGCGAGCGCUAGACGCCGCCAAACCGCUCCCGGUUUACCGCAACAGAGACCUGCCGGACCUGACCGACUGCGUGUCCAUUAACCGGGCCGUCCCGCAGAUGCCCACCGGGAUGGAGAAAGAAGAAGAGCUGGAGCACCACCUGCAGAGGGCGAUCUCGGCCCAGCAGGUGUUCAGGGAGAAGAAGGAGAACAUGGUGAUCCCUGUACCUGAAGCAGAGAGUAACACCACCUACUACGACCGCCUGUACAAGGGAGAGGUCAAAGUUCCCAAACAGCUCAUCCACAUACAGCCUCUGGGUCUGGACCUGGAGCAGCCGGACUACGACAUGGACUCAGAGGACGAGACGCUGCUCAACAGACUGAACAGAAAGAUGGAGAUAAGACCUCUGCAGUUUGAGACCAUGGUGGACCGACUGGAGAAGGCCAGCACACACCAGUUGGUCUCUCUGGCGGAGGCGAAGCUGCUGCUGAACGAGGAUGACUACCUGCUGAAGUCGGUGUACGACUACUGGGUGAGGAAGAGGAAGAAUUGUCGGGGUCCGUCUCUGAUCGCUCACAUCAAACAGGAGAAGAGGGACGGAUCCACCAACAACGAUGCCUACGUGGCCUUCAGACGGAGGACGGAGAAGAUGCAGACCAGGAAGAACCGGAAGAACGACGAGGCAUCGUAUGAGAAGAUGCUGAGACUAAGGAGAGAGUUCAGCCGCACCGUCACCAUCCUGGAGAUGAUCAAGAGGAGGGAGAAGUCCAAGAGAGAGCUGCUGCACCUCACCCUGGAGGUGGUGGAGAAGAGGUAUCAGACAGGAGACUUCAGUGGAGAUGUCCUCAGAGAGGUCUCACUCCCUCUUGUGGAGAAACCCGUGUACAGCAGUCCAGUCACUCUGAGCAACAGCAGCAGACACAAGACAGACAUCAAGAUCAAGAUGCAGAAGAAGCAGGAGUCCAUCAGAGAGGAGCUUCCCUUCGACCUGCUCAGACCAAAGAAGAAGAACAUCAGACGGGACAGAUUAUAUCCUCCACAGAGACGCCCCGGUCGACCCCCCGGUCCCUACACCGUCAACAUGGCUGACAUCAAACAGUACGAUUUCCACAGCUCAGGAGAGGACGACUGUUCACCGCCACCGCUGUCUCCUCCGUCUUCUCCUGAUGAGGAGAACAAUCCUGACGGAGUCUUUGUCUUCAGGAGGAAAGCUGGAUGUCAAUAUCUCUCUCCCUUUACGGAGCAGACAGGUGGAGACGACCAUCCGGAGCUCCUCCCUCUGCGUCUCCGUCACUCUCUGACUGAACUGUCUCUGCCACCUCAUUGGACGGGACUGAGCCGCCGCAGGAUAGGACGAGGGGGCAGGAUCAUCCUGGACCGAGCCUCCUCAGCUUUGGAUCCAGUACUGAAGCAGCUGGACUCUUUAGCACAUCCGGUCUUCAGGACCAGAACCGGUACCUGUGUCCACCGGGAUCACGCAGUAACCCUGGACUGGAAACCUUCCCUGUCUUCAGGAACCCCCCUCCCUUCCCUGACUGAAGUCCUGAACAAUAUCCAGAACCUGAGGAGGUUCUGCUUUAGACCCAGACCGGUUCAGGACCAGAGGGAGGGCAGGACCACAGGGUUCACACUGGACGACAACAGACUUACCUGUCGUCUGUCACCUGACCCUAACCCUGUGUCAGCAGGGGGCAUCACAGAGGAGCAGUACCACAGUCAUCAACAGCAGCUGGUCCAGAUGCAGAAACAACAGCUGGAACAGCUGCAGCUACAGAACAACGCUGCUUCAUACAGACACACAGUGCUGCACAGAACACAGUCCACCCGGUCAGGUGAGUCAGGUUCGAAGACUCUGGACUCGGCCAGCGCUCAGUUUGCAGCCUCGGCUGUGAUCAGCGCCCCUCCCCCUCCUCACGGUCACGUCAACAGUGAGAUCAAAUCCUACAAGACCAGUGUCAACGGAGUUCACCCUACAGGUCCCUCCAGGCCACCGUACUCCUCCCCCUCUCUCAGCAGGUUGGGGCCUUCAGCUCGAGGGUCAUUACCUUCCUCCUCCUCCUCCUCCCCUCAGUCCCUCCCCAACCAGAGGAGCCAGGUGGGAGCUGUCUCCCCCGCCCACCCCCACACUGCUCGACCCUCCGCCCCCCCAACGUCUGCCUUAAAGCUCGCCACCGUCGCUGCCAGCCUUGACCGAGUGCCCAAAGUCUCCACUGCCAGAGACUCGAACGAGCCGGAGAGACGUGUGAACGGACUGUCAGAGACCACACUGCCCAUGGAGGUCACAUAACAUCAUAUCCCAUCAGCCCCUGCUCCUCCUCAGUGUCUGACCGGUGAAUGUGACACGCUGUGACCUCCAGAACAGAAGAAGAAGAUGGCGUCUGAAUAGAAUCAGAACUUUUACUGAGUGUUGAUAUUAUUACUAUUAUAAUUGUUAUUAUUGUAAUAAUUGUUGUACAGUUUGUAAAUGUCUCAUGUAAAAUAGAUUUUGUUUCAUCACUUUAGUUUCUGAAGCAGCUUUCAUCAUGUGACUGCAGAAUCAACUCUGAUUGGUCCACAAUAUGUCCUGUAUCUCCACUCUGAUUGGUCCAUGAUGAGUCUGUAUCUUGGCUCUGAUUGGUUAUUUAUUUCUUAUGUUUACAUUUUGUAUUUCUUUUAACUGUUGUUUUUUCCCAAAGAUUGAAAACAUUGAUUUGGUGUCACAGAUGAAAUAUUUGUGAACCGUUAGUUUUUACUUUUACGUGUUUGUUCCUCUCUGCCUUCUGAUCACUGAAACCCUCAUUCAAUAAAAAUAUGCAUCUUGUAAAGAGACGAUGAUCUGCAGCUGUAACAGAGUUUUUAUAUCAUGA